UAGAAAGAGCCUGUAAAUUCCAGAGUGUGCCACCGUAAGGGGAGGGCAUACCUAUAUAAAGAGCGGCAACCAGGGGGUAGUAAACAGAGACGAACGCCGUCCGAAAUCUGCGACGUGGUGGCGGUGGUGUAAAGUAGCUGUAGGAGUGACUAAGUCGGGAUCGACAGAUUGCGACCUGCGCCACUUCUGCCGUCGGACAAGCAGGGGGCUUUGCGAAAAUAUAACGGGACGAAAUGGGGAAAGACUACUAUAAAAUACUGGGCAUACAGAAGGGUGCUGGGGAUGAGGACAUCAAAAAGGCUUACAGAAGGCAAGCUUUGAAAUGGCACCCCGAUAAAAACAAAUCUCCGAAUGCUGAAGAGAAAUUUAAAGAGAUCGCAGAAGCCUAUGACGUUCUCAGCGACCCGAAGAAGCGAGAGAUUUACGAUCAGUUAGGAGAAGAAGGUCUUAAGGGUGGAACUGGAGGUGGAGAUGGACAAGGAGGCAAUUUCCAUUAUACAUUCCAUGGUGAUCCUCAUGCAACCUUUGCUGCUUUCUUUGGAGGUUCUAAUCCUUUUGAAAUGUUUUUUGGACGACGAGCUGCUAAUGGUAGGGAGGAUGAGGGCAUGGAGGUGGACGGAGAUCCAUUUGGGUCAUUCACCAGUUUCAGCAUGAAUGCCUUCCCUGGAGAGAGGCAUGGGGGGUUAGGUCAUGUCAAGCGCAAACAAGACCCUCCAAUUGUACGUGAGCUGAAAGUUUCUCUUGAAGAUAUCUAUACUGGGUGUGCAAAAAGGAUGAGGAUCUCUAGGAAGAGAAUGAAUCCUGAUGGUCGGACUUUCCGAACAGAGGAUAAAAUCCUAUCCAUUGAAAUAAAAAGAGGAUGGAAAGAAGGUACCAAAAUCACCUUUCCCAGAGAAGGAGACGAGUCUCCCAACAACAUCCCAGCAGAUAUUGUCUUUAUUAUUAAGGACAAACCUCAUUCACAUUUUAAAAGAGAAGGAUCAAAUAUAAUUUUCCCUGUUCGUGUUAGUCUGCGACAGGCUUUGUGUGGAUGUUCACUCAAUGUACCAACAAUUGAUGGGAAAUCUUUCACAAUACGACAGAAUGAUGUUAUUAAACCAGGCAUGAGGAAGUCAUUCUCAGGUCAGGGUUUGCCAUUCCCUAAAAACCCCAGUCAGCGAGGUGACCUUAUUGUUGAAUUUGAGGUGAACUUUCCUGACAGUCUUCCAGCCUCUACAAAGGAGAUGCUUAAGUGCCACUUACCUGUGUCAUAAAGGAGUUAAAAUACAAGAAACGCUAAUUUUACAAUCAACUUUGAACACCUGGACAGCUGAGAAGGUUAUAAGGCCUAAUGGAAAGAAUAUGAAAUGUAUUUUUAUGAGUACUGUUUCUUACCACAGAAGUAAAAGUAACUUGCAUGAUGCAAUUUCCAUUAACUGCUGAAAAUACCGUAAUGCUUUCAAUGUCUUCAAAUAAAUGACUUUAUUGCCAAAAA